CCCCGGCGAUCAUCACCGCGGAACAACAACGCAGUCCGCUGUAUGGGGCUGUUGUCCUGCACCCGCAUCACGAUCGAACCAUAACUCAACCACCAACCACGACGAUGAACGGCCGCACCCCCACCGCCGCCUCGCUCUUCUUCCACGAAGACAAGCCCUACGAGCCCCUCGUGGACGACGUCGACCCGCUGAUCUCGAGUUUCCCGCUGGACGAAUGGGAUCGGGGACUGCAUCCAGACGCGGGGACGUUCGGCUCCGACUCCUCAUCUCUCUCCUUUUUCGAGCCUAGGUACGACUACGAAUCGACCUAUCCGUCCUAUGUCGACUACUAUCCUGCCGAGGAGAAUACCACCACCUCCCCGGCAACUACUGUCGACCCCGACCUGCUCGUUCUCAAACGCAAACGUUCCUCGGCAGACGAACCAUGGGAACCCGUCUGGGCCCAGAUCAACACGAAGCGCCUGCGCGAAGAUCCGGCCCCGUCCGGCGAUCCGGAGAAUGAAGUGGACUUGCUGGCCGACGCCGGCGACUACGACGGCGCGGUAGGCGUAAUAGAGCUGGACUGGUUUCUCCCCGCGCUGGACGACACCGCGUCUCCUCCACUGAGCGAGUCUGGGUCCCCCAUCCGCCCUGAUCCGGGACCGGACCCGAGUGGAGACAGAGAAGCAGAGUGGGACUGGGAUAGGCUGGACUUUUCGUGGGCCGAGGAUGAGGAUGGGGACGAGCUCGCGCGGAGCUUCGGAGUGCUGAACAUAUACGAGGAGGGAGAUGCCGCCGUUCAGCCAGUGCCAAGAGUCAGAUCAGAACCUGUGGUGCUCGAAGACGACGAUGACGACGGCGAGGCAAACGUGCUGGACAUGAGUGAUCAGGCCGUACUGGGCGAUAACGAAGCACAUUGCCCAUGCGCUGCGUGUAGCGGGGGAACGAACUCAGACCUGUCGCCCGAAUCACAGCAGGAAAUGCACGCGCUGUUCUCCACAGGGCUCUUCAGUUGAUAAUUCUCAAAAGAUGUAUCGUCUUCAGCCUCGUAGCUCCCAGCAUAUCUGAUCCUCUAUUCCGCCCAGCCAUGAUUGCAUGGCCGGACCGCUGGCUCCGUGGUUGGAUGGCCGAGCGGUCUAAGGCGUUAGACUAAGGUUGUGUUGUUACGGACAUUUCGAGGUCGUUGCUCACUCUGCAUCUAAUCCUCCGGGGCGUGGGUUCGAAUCCCACUCCAAUCAAGUUUUGCUCCGUCGGUUGGCGGCCAUGUCUAAUCGACUCUGGCUGCCGCGCCAUUGUGUGGACCUUGGCUCCUCGAAAGAUAUACAUAUCCACUUUCAUGCACACGUGACAGCAAACUCAUGUCCCUGCCACUGGAUCUUCCCGAAAUAAGCUCGUAGUGGGUCGCCGCAGUCCACUGCGACACGGCUUUACGAAGCGUCUGGAGUGGCCCUCCUGAUGAGAGAUGGACCAUCUUCCGCCAAGUGCACGGGUCUAUCCGGAGAGACUCGCCAGUGGUCUCAGCCACAACCCAAGUGCAGCGAUACCAUUUUUCUGUCCUUAGCGUGCUGGCCAAGAGUUUGGAUAGUCACUGCUGGGAUGAGAGCAGCACGAGUAUUCUUUGACGCACUGUAAGCCAGUGUGACGAUAUUCUUCUUCUACUCCGGGCAUUUUACGGCUUGCCAGAUGCCAGACUAAGGUCAACUCACUCAGGAAGUUGCUGAGUGGCAUGUGGUUGAGAACGGCAUCUGAUCUUCGUCUGGGGGGGGUGGAGUUGCGUGUGAUGCAAGGAAGCCAACCGGUCUCUUGCUCAGGAUUGUCUGACUCGUUGUUAGUAGGCUAUCCCUCAUUUCUCGGAAUCAUUCAAAAGACACGAAAUCAAAUCUAUUUCAUUAUAUUUCGACGCUUAUGGCCGGCAGAAGGCUUAAAGUGUUCGAUUAAUACUGUACAUUGACUUGGUCGAGGCAGGGCCAUGCUCAGAUCGGAGUGAUCGGAUCAUUUCGUUCUUUGUCGCGUCCCAUUCUUUAUCUCGAAGGCUUCGCAAAUGGAGAGAAAGCUCCAAGCGCAGCAUUUACAGCGUCCUGAAGCCUUCAUAGAUGGCUUUUUCAUUCACGCUUUGGCGCUGACUCUUUGACUCGAGCUGCGUGCCACAGUCCUAUAAAGAGUCGACUUGCCUCGUCGUAUCACAGUACGAUUCCGCCCCCCAUGCCUCACCGACGUGAUUCAUACAUCGAGUUUCCAACCACACCCUGCACACCGGAAACUUCGUUUUCCCCGGAGCAGGAGGACCUGAUCGCGUCGCUUGGCCUUGCGCUCCCCGACGCAGCCGACUCGCGCUCGCUCACGCCCAUCAUCGACGGAUUCCCGCACCCUCCCAGCCACACCCCCAGUGGUAAUAUCCUCUUCGAGCGCCAGGAGCUCCCGAGAGGGCUCUCGCCAAUCGACACGCGCCGCGGGUUCGUCCCGAUUCCACUCGCGUUCAGCGACGAGUACGUGCUGCACAUCAACGCAGACGAGUCGGGGUCGAUCGUACCCGUCGGUGAGGCGCCGACGGACAGGACGGGGGCGUUGAUGGAGUACGGCAAUAGCGUGCGACGUGCUCAUUCCAUGAAGCUCAAGACGAGCGUUGGGAGAUGGAGGACGGAGAGCAUCCGGCGUGCUCUCGGCCGGUUCACUCGCCAACGCACCGCCCCGGCUAGCCAGGGCACAUUUUCAGAUGCCACCGCUGAGGCAGACGCGAGUCGCAGCAGCGAAGAAUCCAGUGGUGCAUCGGACUGCACUGAUGAAAUGGGUUUCCUCGCAGUCCCAUCCACUCCCAACACAGCCUUCACAGACCUGAGCUCGCCACCCUCCCCGAUCACGCCUCUCCCACCCAGUGUACCGCCCAAUACGCCUGUCCCUGCGAGUCUCGUGCGGACACCGAUCUCGCCGGCCAAGCUGCCCCCGAGGACCCGUCCACGCUACCACACUCUGAACGUUCUCACCAAGGCCUUCCGCCCCAAACGGCACGACUCGAAGGAGGAGAGUCAGACGCCCGCAUCGGAGUCGGCUGCGCAUGCAAACAAUGAGCCGAUCGGGGUUCGGGUGCGCGUGCAUUCUUACACGGCUUUCUUGACGGAUUUCGAGGUGGAGGGAGCGGGGGAGGACGCUUUUGGGCAAAGAUUCGAGACGGAGAAUGCAACAGUGAGCAAUUACCAAGGCGUUCCGCACAAAACGACGUGACUCUAAGGCGGAGAGGCAGACGCCCGCAUCGGAGUCGGCUGCUCAUGUAGACAAUGAACCGAUCGGGGCUCGGGUGCGCGUGCACUCUUACACGGCUUUCUUGACGGAUUUCGGGAUACUGGGAGCCGAGGAAGACACUUUUGGGCGAAGACUCGAGACGGAGAAUGCAACAGUGAGCGAUUAGGCUAGUUUGGAGCUGUUUCGCGCAAUGGACGCAAGAACGAUAUAUAUACUGCAUAUUCUGUCUACUUGAAUGAAUUCUGUCUACCUUAUCUCAG